AUGGAAUGUUCCAUCACAGAUCAUGACUACCGCAUUAAGGAACUUGAAUCAAUGAUGAACUAUGACGGCCCUCCUGAUAACACUUCUUCUCAAGCGCCUGACCUUUACUUAUAUGAUGCUGGUUGGGAUCACCAACCAGACCUUGAUAAUGACAAAAAUUAUAAAAAUAAUUCUUCUCUCUCACCUGCACACAUUGAUCCCAAUUUUUCUAUCAUGGAUACCUCCCCGGAUGUCUUCUUCUCCACCCUCAAUCCUAACUCAAUCCUUACUAGCAGACACACUCCAUUAUCCAAUCAUGUUAACCUUGGUGGCUCUUCUAAUGAUUCAUCAAAAUUACGUCAAGAAAUCUCCUCAGGACCUCACCCUCCUAAUAGUGCGCCUAAUAUAAACUCUUCAAUUCCUCCUUCCCCUAUUAACUGUUUUGAUAUCUUCCCUGAACAAUCCAAUCGUGAAUUAAAUUUUUCUAAUAUUUUACGAAUUGGUACUCUUAAUCUACCAGGUCAUCAGAAUGUUUACAUUAUUGGUGCUUAUGUGCCUCCAUCUAGUGGACUUAAUAACAGAGCACGCUCUACUGGUGCUCAUGUUUUAUUAGGGGGUGACUUGAAUGCUGAAUUUGAUGGCUACCUUAAGAAUAUUUCUUAUCUGACUAUUUCAUCUCCUAUUAAUCCUUUAUUUCGAUAUUUAUAUUCCCAUCAAUUUGAUGAUUUGUCCGCUCAUUUGUGGUCCUAUGUUUUAGACCCCUCAGAUACUUUUAGUUCUGAUCAUUUUUUAUUGAUUGCUUUUUUUGAUUUCCUUAAUAUUCAUGAUCUGCGUACUCCAAGUUAUUUAAAACAACGGUUACACUACCAUACUGAGUAUAAUAUUCAUGCUGCUCUUCCCAAUCAUAAGAUCCUUUUCACUGCAGAGGUAGAUUCUGGACUUAAGAAAUUUACACCCGCUAAUGGCGAUGGUCAUCUUAACAAUAACUGGCAUCGCUUGAAAUUUGCCUUACUUAACGCUGCCCAUAGUGCUUUUCUCAAACGAGUGAUUUCUCUGAACAAGCCUCAAGCAGUUCCUGAAUUUACGGAUUUAUUUCCUAAUCAGAUUGCUUUUAUUGAAGUCCUUCCUGUUCCUGUUACACUUUAUUCAAUUUUUUCCUCCUUGCAUUUAGGUUUUCCGAAUUUCUUAACGAAAUUUCGAUCAUCUUUGCGAACCGUUAAAAAGUUUAUUUCUGGAAAAGUCACCACAGAAUUUGACAAUUAUAAGCAAGUUGCCAUAAAAGCAGCUAUUGCCAGACGGAAUUCUAAUUUCUAUAAAGAUAAAGGAAAAUUUAUCCGCAGUUCUUUGAAUCGUGAAAAGCGAAGCAUUGUUUUGGACAGAGUGCUUAUUACUGAUAUUUCCGGCAAUUCUCAAUUGUUGAUUGCAUCAGAUGAUAUCCAUAAGGCUGCCAUUAGACACUUUCAAAAUGUGGUUGGCCCUAGUAGAUCUCCGUUCAAAACUCUUGACGAACUCCCUGAUCGAUGGAAAAGUCGUUAUACUCCUAUUUCUAUGAUCAACCCAGAUAUAUAUUCAAUGAUCAUGGCACCUAUUACCGAAAUUGAACUUCUAUCCGUCAUUAAUAAUUCUCCACAUCAUAAGGCUUCUGGCCCUUCGUUUAUACCUUAUGAAUAG